GGAAAAAUAAACAGUGGAAAAAAAUUUGGCUGCACGGAACCUGCAAAACCUGAAGGAUCUACGAAAAUGUCUGCGUACGAGUUUGAAUCGCUUGAGAAAACUCUGGACACUCACAUCCCAGAAGCUGAACUGAAAGAGGUCAAACGCAUCCUGUAUGGCAAGGAUACAAAGAAGUUGGACCUACCAUCAAGUGCUGUUGAGGCUGCAUGUGAGGGUGACUUUGAGCUGAAGGGCUACAGCUUUGAAGCGAUACAUGAGCAACUGAGGUCGCCAAGAAGGAUCCGAGUGGGACUUAUUCAGCACAGCAUUGUUCUUCCCACAGAUGCACUGAUUCUGGACCAGGUCAAUGCUAUGCACAGCAGGGUUGGGGAAAUUGUCCAAGUUGCAGCCAUGUGUGGCGUGAACAUUGUCUGCUUUCAGGAAAUCUGGACCAUGCCGUUUGCUUUCUGCACCCGGGAGAAACAACCGUGGACGGAAUUUGCAGAGUCUGCUGAGAAUGGAAAUACUACACGCUUCUGCCAAGAGCUUGCCAAAAAAUACAACAUGGUAGUUAUUUCUCCGAUUCUGGAGCGGGACGAGAUGCACGACACUGUGUGGAACACAGCAGUGGUGAUAUCAAACUCUGGGAAUGUACUGGGAAAGAGCAGGAAGCACCACAUUCCCAGAGUUGGAGACUUUAACGAGUCAACAUAUUACAUGGAAGGUGACACGGGCCACACAGUGUUCCAGACACAAUUUGGGAAGAUAGCCAUCAACAUCUGCUAUGGGCGCCACCACCCUCUCAACUGGUUCAUGUACAGUAUGAAUGGAGCCGAGAUCAUCUUCAACCCUUCGGCUACUAUUGGAGGCCUGAGUGAGCCCUUGUGGCCUAUAGAGGCCAGGAAUGCAGCCAUCGCUAACCAUUGUUUCACCUGUGCAAUCAAUCGAGUUGGUACGGAGCAUUUUAAAAACGAGUAUACAUCUGGUGAUGGAAAAAAAGCUCACCAUGACCUUGGACACUUCUAUGGAUCCAGCUAUGUGGCAGCUCCUGAUGGCAGCCGCACCCCAGGACUCUCUCGGACCCGUGAUGGACUAUUGGUUGCAGAACUGGACCUCAACCUGAACCGUCAGAUCAGUGACAAAUGGACUUUUAAGAUGACUGGGCGCUACUCUGAGUAUGCAGAGGAACUCACCAAGGCUGUGCGACAUGACUACAAGCCCAAAAUAGUCAAGGAAUAGCCCACAUAUCCCCUGUGCACGCAUAUAAACCUCCACAGUAUGAAACACUUUUUAUUCAAGUUAUACUGUUAAUGAGGUUGCAAGUGGUUUAAUGUCAUUAAACAAUACACACGACUUGUGUGUUAUUUGAAAGCAUCAGUAUAUAUAUUGACAAGCUUAAGAUGAAAUGUUUCAUUUAAACAUUAUAUAAUCACAUGUGAAACGUGUAGUGCAAGAACUCAAUACCGGAAUGACAAAAAUAAAAACAUUGUUCUGAACAUAACAUUUAGGCACACUUUUGUCUGACCUUUGUUCUGCCCUUAAUUUUUCCAUGACAAUAG